GGAUUGAAGAAAGUUUAUAAGAUGCCCAUUUCCCAUUGAAUUCUCCAUCACUCAUCUGUCAUUCAAUCUUUAGUCUUUCAUUCAAUACCGACAAUAGCUUCAUUGUUUAUCACUCUUUUACAAUCAAAAUGCAUUCAUCUUCUAUUCUUUUAGGCCUAUGCCUUUCAACCUCAGCAUCAGCUCUGUUCGGUUCUAGUAGUGGCCUCGGCCGUGGCAGCGGUCUUGGCGCUGGUAGUGGUCUUGCUGGUCUUUUUGGUGGUGGUCUUCUCGGUGGUGGUCUCGGCGGAGGUGCCGGUGGUGGUCUAGACGCUAGUAGUGGUCUCGGUGCAGGUCUGAGUGGUGGUGCUGCUGCUAGUAGUGGUACAGGCGGCACCUGCGUUGGAGCCGGUGCGGUACACAUGAUAAUCGCUCGAGCGAGUACUGAACCCGCAGGAGAGGGGAUCAUCGGCUCUGUGGCCACCAAGGUUAAAGCCGGACUCCCAGGUUCCGACUCGGAAGCAGUGGUAUAUCCAGCUACACUAGGUCAAUAUCAAACCUCACAAGCAGCUGGUGUAACCGCCAUGAAGAAACUCGUGCAAGAUUACGCUGCGAGAUGUCCCGACUCUAAGAUGGCCGUUAUGGGAUACUCUCAGGGAGCGCACGUUUCAGCUGAUGUCAUGUGUGGUUCUUCGGGAAUGGGAAUCAUGGGAUCUACUGGUGGUAGUCAAGCUUUGUCUGCGGAUGUUGCUGGUAAAGGUAUGUUAUAAUCCACCAGCGUUUCUCUUACCAUUUCACUCUGGAGCAUUUACUAAUAGAAGUCUUAGUCGUUGCAAUGGUUCUAAUGGGCGAUCCAACCCAUGUACCCGAAGAAACCUUCAACGCAGGAACAUCAAAGAAGAACGGACUGUUUCCCCGUAAAAAUAUAGCUAGUUGUCCUGCCGAAAAAUCAAUUUCUUACUGCGACACCGGCGACACGUAAGUUCCCUUUCCUCCCAUAUCUCUUCAUCUUCCCCAAAAUCUAACACACUUCCCAUAGAUUCUGUGACUCAGGCAUGUCCGUCCAAGUACAUCUCUCAUAUGUCACGAGAUACGGUACCGCAGCUGCCAAAUUCAUCACGGAUAAAGUUUCCAGUCAAUCUACCACUACCACUUCCACAACCACUGCACCUUCCACUGGAGAUAAUAAAACAGAAAAAGCCGCCUCGCCAUUCAGUGGUACGGGCUUCGGUUUCAAAGCCAAGCGCGAUAGUAUUAGUGGUGCUGCGAACUCGAAGAGUGGUGCUGGAUGGAGCAUUUUGAUUGCUUUUGUUGGGUUGGGAUUAUUGUUGUAG